AUUUUUUAAAAGAAAUAAUGUUUUUUUGUUGUGGGCUUUUAAAAGUAUAAUAAUGGUUUUUGAUGCACCGGUGGAACGAAUCGAAACCUAAGAUACGUUUUAGUAUAAAUCAAAAUAAAUUUUAUUUAGAUUUGGGAUAAAGAUCUUAAUAUAUUAUGGAUAAAAUAAAACGUUGUUUGGUUUGUGGAAAUAGUGACUACGAAGUGGAAAGAAUGCACCAGUUUCCUAGGAAUCUUGAACAAUCAAAAAAAUGGCAGGAAUCUUUGGGGAUGAAAUACAUGCCGGGAAUUUCACUUAACAGUUAUUACAUUUGUACUAAUCAUUUUACGGCCGAUUCAUAUUACAACAAUGUUACGGGGAGGCUGUUUCGUCAUGCUAUUCCCACUUUAAAUCCAGCAGUUAAUGGUUCGAAUGCUGAGAAUUUAAAUAACACCACCACAGAAGACACUGCCAAUGUUCCUGAUAGCGACUGUAGUCAGACUUGCCCCUCAGUUUUGGAAGAGGUUUCAAACAAUACCACAGACUUACCUAGACCACCCAUAGCCAGUCAGCCUCAAACUAGGGUAGAUAUGAUACCAGGUGUGCCACGUCAAGUAUGUAGCAUGCCAUAUUGCGAUGGAAAGGAUCCUGAUGGAUGUAAAGUGGCCACGGUUUACUUUCCCAGAGAUCCAGCGUUGAAGCAAAAAUGGCUCGAGUAUCUGUAUCCUAAACCUCUGCCAAUUGAGCCUUAUUCCAGGGUGUGUCUUCGUCAUUUUGAACCGGGAGAUGUGGAAUGGGUUACUAGCUGCACAGUUGUGGAAGACAAAUUGGUGCCUUCUUCAAAGUUUCCCCGAAUAGUCAAAGGAGCAGUACCGAUUCCGUACUUAUGCGUCCACCUUCAACAAAACGGCGCUCAUCCACAACAGCUAGAUAUCCCAAUAAAUAACGCCGAUUCAACCUGCCAACUUCUUAGCUACGUAAUAGUAAACGAGGACUACUUUAUAGAUUUGGAAGACGCCUACCAGAAACUAGAACGCGCAGAACUCGACCCGUGCUGGUUUAAAAUCAAAGAAUCCCGCUACAUUUACUUGUUCUAUUUGGAUCCCGACCCAAAACCUUCCCUAAAAUUCGCAGUGCAUUUCGCCGACGACUUAACACUAUCUCUGAAGCUGGACGACAUGUUCGUUGGCGAACUUCAAUGUCGAAACCAGACGAAAAUACAGUUCCCGGUCAAGGUGCAGGAUUUAAAAACGUUUUCUGUCAUUUUUAAAGAGAUUGAGUUCUAUUUGAAAAACGUGGCGCAAUUUAAAAACGUGACAAACGGAAAUUCUGACAGUACGUCUAGUCAGACGAAAUUUCAAGAGCGUCACGUGAAAAUUACGGACAACGUUUGCAAGUCCUGUUUGAAGGACGUUGACGUGUACGUGAGAUGCGUCAAAUGUCAGAACGAGUUUCAUCCGGGUUGUCUGGCCGUUAAAGGGUUGGAUGACUGCGAUAAGUGUAGGGAAACCUUUAGUAGGCUCAGCGAACAACGUGCUAGUAGUCGCAAUGACACUAGCGGGGCAGCCGAUAGCGAGUACAUGGUUAUUAAAGUAGAGGAGGAGGAUAAUCUCUUUGAAGAGAGUUAUAAUUUGAUGGAGGAAAAAAUAAAUAGUCUGACAUUCAGUUCAGUAAAAUGAAUUAGGACGUUUGUUUUACGUACCGACGCGACGUACUGAUUCCGUACUUAUGCGUCCAACUUCAACAAAACGGCGCCGUUCCACAACAGCUAGAUAUCCCAAUAAAUAACGCAGAUUCAACCUGCCAACUUCUUAGCUACGUAAUAGUAAACGAGGACUACUUUAUAGAUUUGGAAGACGCCUACCAAAAACUAGAACGCGCAGAACUCGACCCGUGCUGGUUUAAAAUCACAGAAUCCCGCUACAUUUACUUCUUCUAUUUGGAUCCCGACCCAAAACCUUCCCUAAAAUUCGCAGUGCAUUUCGCAGACGACUUAACACUAUCCCUUAAGCUGGACGACAUGUUCGUUGGCGAACUUCAGUGUCGAAACCAGACGAAAAUACAGUUCCCGGUCAAGGUGCAAGAUUUAAAUAAUCUCUUUGAAGAGAAUUAUAAUUUGAUGGAGGAAAAAAUAAAUAGUCUGACAUUCAGUUCAGUAAAAUGAAUUAGGACGUUUGUUUUACGUACCGACGCGACGUACUGAUUCCGUACUUAUACGUCAAACUUCAACAAAACGGCGCCGUUCCACAACAGCUAGAUAUCCCAAUAAAUAACGCAGAUUCAACCUGCCAACUUCUUAGCUACGUAAUAGUAAACGAGGACUACUUCAUAGAUUUGGAAGACGCCUAUCAAAAACUAGAACGCGCAGAACUCGACCCGUGCUGGUUUAAAAUCA